AGUUAUAUACACCCACUAGUACUCUUGUCGUGUAAAACUAACAAAAAGACUUGCCAUCCAAACCCUAAUCUCUCCCUCUUCUCUCUACAUAUCCCCUCUCUAUCUAUCCCUGUCUUUUCUUGAUCUCACACCAUCCUAAUUAUGAGCAACCAAAAUAUGGAGGAUUUAGAGGUUUCAGGCUCCGACGAUCAAACAAAAUCGUGCCCACGAGGCCACUGGAGGCCUGGCGAGGACGAGAAGCUCAGGCAGCUCGUGGAGAAGUAUGGCCCUCAGAAUUGGAACUCAAUCGCAGAAAAGCUCCAAGGGCGAUCAGGAAAGAGCUGCAGAUUGAGGUGGUUCAACCAACUAGACCCGAGAAUCAACAGAAAACCCUUCACUGAAGAAGAAGAGGAGCGCCUUCUCGCUGCUCACCGCGUCCAUGGCAACAAGUGGGCCCUCAUUGCGCGGCUCUUCCCCGGAAGGACGGACAACGCCGUCAAGAACCACUGGCAUGUCAUCAUGGCUCGGCGACAGAGAGAAAGAUCGCGGUUGCUUGGCAAAACUAGAAGCAGGCUUCUCAACAGCUAUGAUGGAGAGAGACCUCAUAGCUCAAAUCACUUCCAGCGUGAUGGAAGUAAAUUGUUCGAGUUUCGAAAUCCAGGCCCAUCUAAGUUCUCUGGCUUUCUCAGGUUCAGCAGCAAUUUCGUCGGCUGUUGACAGGUAUGGAAUCCUUGAGAGCACUCGAAUCUAGGUGGCCUUGUUC